CGUUGCAAAACGCACACGCGCGUGUGUUAGUUGGCUGGAGUUGAGUUAGUGUCAGAGAAACCUGAACACUGCUGAAACAGAGCCAGCCCGUUGUAGAACUUAAAAAAAAGAAGUCUCGAUAUCAAAACCCUCCCGCCGAUCUUCGGACAUGGCAAUCAGGGUGGUGCUGGUGGCGUUGUGCGUGGGCCUCAUCCUGGUUCAGCUGGCCUCGUGCAAGCAUCUGAGGUCUCUAAAUCCUGGAGAGACCACCCCGCAGGACGAGAAAUGCGUCGAUGAAGGUUGCCUGGGCUCCCAUGGUCUCCCCGGAAAUCAUGAGGAUGAACACGAUUCCAGCCAUUCGAGCCAUUCCAGUGAUUCAAGCGAUUCUAGCGAUUCCAGUGAUUCCAGCAGCAGCAGCAGCUCAGGCAAUUCGGGCGGGGCCAGAGAGCGGAGAGCGGUGCACGUGGAGUCGGAAGAGACCGGCGUGGACAGUGUGGACACCGGACUCUCUGUGGAGAGUGUCGAGCUGACGCCCGUCGGGAUGGACGCGAUGAACGUGCAGCAGCUUCCCCACGGAGGCAAUGUGUAACGACCCGCUAACAACUCUUAAGGGAUCACGCACUGAACGACGACUCGGCCGGACAAUCUCAGAGAGACAAAUGCUUCUAUUUUAAAUGAAUUAUCACGCAGCCGUUGCACAGUGGGGCUUCCUGGCAACAGGGAAUGGAAUCGGCGAAUGAAUGACACUCUUGAACGAACGAACGACGCUUCUACUUCGUCCAGGUUGCUCGUAGAGUCGACGAUUAAGAGUUGGCAAAUUGUGUCUAAGGAUAUGGCCCAAAUCCCAUUAAAAAAAGAAAAAAAUUAUUGCACGCAAAUGCAAUCGCUGCUACUAUGCAUGCUUCCCCGCAAAAUUAAUGAAUGGAAUUGGCUUCUUGAAAUAAAGUACCGUAUUUGGAAAUAUAUUUACAUAUUUUAAACAAAAACUCAACAUGGGCGCCUGUAUUAAGUCUAAGUGUCUGUAUAUUGGGGGUGUGAAUGGCUGUACAAAUUAACGAUCACACAA